AAGCAACUCGAGUACUUGUCACCUCCUCCCUCCCUGCUGCGAAGAGGGAUCAAGUGCUCAUUAGCAAGCUAGACAUAGAAAUCCUUUAUUAAUCUAGGCUCCUGACCUACAAACUCCGAGCCUAAUCAUCCCCAUAAACUCUCAUAUACCGAAGCUAAGAUCACCAAUGGCGGGCCUGUCUCUUCAGCAUCCCAUGGCUUUCGCCUUUGGCCUCCUUGGCAACAUCAUCUCCUUCAUGACCUACCUGGCCCCACUGCCGACGUUCUACCGGAUCUACAAGAAUAAGUCGACGGAGGGCUUCCAGUCGGUGCCGUACGUGGUGGCGCUGUUCAGCGCGAUGCUGUGGAUCUACUACGCGCUGCUCAAGUCCGACGAGUGCCUGCUCAUCACCAUCAACUCCGCGGGCUGCGUCAUCGAGACAAUCUACAUCGCCUUGUACCUCACCUACGCGCCCAAGAAGGCCAAGCUGUUCACGGCGAAGAUCCUGCUGCUCCUGAACGUCGGCGUGUUCGGGCUUAUCCUCCUCCUCACGCUGCUCCUCUCCGCCGGGCAGAACCGCGUUGUCAUCCUCGGCUGGGUGUGCGUUGGCUUCUCCGUCAGCGUCUUCGUUGCGCCGCUCAGCAUCAUCCGUCAGGUGGUGCGCACGAGGAGCGUGGAGUUCAUGCCCUUCUCGCUCUCCCUCUCCCUCACUGUCAGCGCCGUCGUCUGGUUCCUCUACGGCCUGCUCAUCAAGGACAAAUACGUCGCCCUGCCAAACGUGCUGGGGUUCACCUUCGGCGUCAUCCAGAUGGGCCUCUACGCGAUCUACCGCAACGCGACGCCGAGGGUGCCAGCCAAGGAGGUGGCCGACGACAAGGAGGGCAUCGUCAAGGUGCCCGAGCACGUCGUGACCAUCGCCAAGCUGGGCGCGCCGGCCAUGGAGCCCGAGACCCACGAGGUGCACCCGGUGGAUUCCCCGCCCAUGGCGGAGGUGGCCGAGCCGGAGAACCACAAGGCGGCGGCCACGGAGGAGCAGGGCAAGGUGGCGAACAAUGAAAGAAACGCCGACCAAGUCUAGAUGCAUGAGUAGUAUCUCCUGGUCAUAAGUAAGGCUGCAACUUCGCAUGUACCACGCGAAGUGGCCGAGCCGAACGCGUGCAAAUGGUGCAGAAGCAUACCUGCGUACAUGUAUGUGACCUAUGAAAAGGUUGGAGAUGAAGAUAGAACGAGAGAGGAGGGGAAGAUCUCGGGGUGGGAGUUAGCGUCUGCUGUCGCAGUUGUUUGAUUUAAUUUCAUUCUCCUGCAUGUAUUAAUGUUUAGCUUGCGUUAAUAUUUCUAAUAGUCCUGUGUUCUUCAAUAAAGAGGAAUGCUUCUUUCCAUGGUCUCA